AAUCCACGAUGUUGCCCGACGAGCUUGUUCUAACGACUUUAAACUCACAAUUUCCAUGCAGAGAGCUUCAGAUAAGACAGCUUUUGAGCUUAUUUUCGCCUUUCCUCCCUAGUCCUCCAACCCUCGUUGUUCAUGGCCUCGAUGCCACGGGAAAAUCCUCAAUUGUCAAAGCCGUGCUCGAAGAGAACAGUAUCUCACACGCGAUAGUCAAUUCCCGAGAAUGCAUCACAGGCCGACACCUUCUGGAGCGCACGCUUGUUGCAUGCCUCGAUGUAGUCGAGGCUUCUUCGGAGGAGAAACUCGAUAGAAAACCUUACGCUCGGUGCGAGAAUAUCAGCGCUCUAUCCACACAUCUCCAGCGACUGUUUGAAGGCAGAGAGAAGUUCACACUGGUCUUUGAUGGGAUAGAUAAGCAGCGCGAGGCUCCGCCCACCCUACUCACAGCUCUUGCGCGAUUUGGGGAAUCGAUUCCAAACUUCAGCAUCGUCAUGAUAAUAACCGUACCCCAUCCCAGCGCCCUUCACCAGACCGGCAUACCUCACGUCCAUUUCCCACCCUACACCCGCGAUGAAAGCAUCACUAUUCUGUCUCGCAAUCCACCACCUAUCUUCCUCGAACUAUCCGAUCCCGAAUUGGAAUACACAGACGAUCUUGCGGCUGAGGACAAUGCCUGGGUUUGGGGACGUUUUCUCGCUGCAGUCUGGGAUUCAUUAGCCAAAGGCGCUGCGCGAGAUUUGGUCAGUUAUCGCGUCGUGUGUACAAAACUGUGGCGACCAUUCGUAGCUCCGAUCGUGGACGGUACAUUCGGCACUCGAGACUUCUCUCGCCUAAUGGUCCACCGACGUACUAUUUUCCAAGGCGAAGACGCGUUGCUAUCGCGAAUCGUGCCAAAGUCUACUACCGUUGCAAGCGCAGCAUCGACCCACGAUUUGCCAUGUUACUCCAAAUACCUCCUAUGUGCCGCAUAUCUCGCCUCUUUCAAUCCGGCUCGGCAGGACAAUGUCUACUUCAUGAAGGCUAGCGACAAGAAGCGGCGGCGGAGGAAAAACAACACGGGCUGGACUGCGAAGAAUCGGAAGAUAUCUCGACACUUGCUGAUGCCCUCGCCGUUCUCCCUGGAUAGGCUACUGGGCAUUCUACGUGCAAUUUUACCACACGACCUCGCACAGACGGCGGAUAUAUACACUCAGAUUGCGACCUUGUCUUCCAUUCGAUUGCUCGUAAGAACGGGAGCUGUAGGAGCAGAUGUGCUGGAUCCAGGAUGCAAGUGGAGGGUCAACUAUGGGUUUGAGUAUGUUUCCAAACUCGGUAGGAGCGUAGAUUUCGAGAUUGGAGAGUAUCUCGCUGGUGGCGGCGAGUGAGGUACACCGGGCGUCCGAGAUAACUCAGCGAAUCGUUCCACAUCACCAAGCUCUAUUGGUUCAACCUUUUGACACUACCUCGACGGCCCAGACGCAGUGGCAACACAAAGUACGCAGACAUAUGGGGACGCAUUGUGCCGAGAGCGUCCAUUAAUACAUUUUCACAAGUACUCGAUCUAACUACCAUCAUAGACUCUUAUGUGGAGUUCUUGGUUCCAUGCCCGAGGAAUAUAUAGUAGCUACUAGUGACUAAUUACCUCUAUAGAUGCGUAUAGGGAGACCUAUCGCCUUCUCUGUAGAUUUUUAUUCCUUUUGAGUUGUACCAUAAAGUUGACGAUG